AUGCGAGCACGAGGGGCAAGUUGCAAGCCUGCCGGAAAUAAAAGUUCCAAUCUAGUGAAGAAGCAGCUAAACAAGACGGUGGUUUUGGCGUGGGAGCGGGAGGAAGAGAUGUUCCGUGACUCCGGUUCGGCCCCGGAGCGGAGCGGCCCGUGCCUGCCCGGGGGCGCACGGGGCUCGGCCGUGGGGCGCGCGGGGCGGAACGGGGAACCGACAUACGGGGAACAGACACACGGACACGCGGACAAACGCUCCCGGCGCUUCGGCAGCAGCAGCGGCAGCGGCAGCAGCAGAAGAGCAGCGAUUCCUCUCCCACUAUCCCUUUCCCGGUCUCCCCCUCCCUUCUCGGUGUCCCUGGCCCGGGCCCUCCCUCUCCCCAUGCCGGGCCCGGCCAUGUCCCGACCCCGGCCCCGGCCCCGGCCCCGGGCAGGGAUGUCCCGUCUCCGUCCCCAGGCGUCCCGCCGCGUUCUCGCCUCCGCCCGGCUCUGGCAGUGCUGGCGGUGGCGCUGCUGGGCGGGCAUCAGUGCCUGGGGCUGGGGCGGCAUCGCCGCCCUUUGGCUCCGCCUGGCCCGAGCCCGGCCCCGGCCCCGACCCCGACGCGAGGUCCAGUCCCGGCCCCGGCCUCGAUCCCGGCCCCCUCGGCGGCCCCGGCGCCUCCCGGGUCCCGCGGAGGACACACGCGGGGCGGCCGCUCCUGCCGCCUCUGCUUCAGCUUCCUCGGCCCGAGCUCCGCCGCUCGGCAGCGCGGCCGCUGGCCCCGAGCCACCGGGCCCCGGGGCCGGUGGGGAUGCCCGGCCCGGGGCGCUCGGGGAGCGCUCGGGAGCCGUGUCUGGCCCCGGGCCGAGCGCUGACGGCCGCGUGUCGCCCGCAGGGACGGCGCAGGAUGCCUUGCAGGAGCGGUACCGCCUGGGUUCGCUGCUGGGCAGCGGCGGUUUCGGCAGCGUCUUCUCGGGGACGCGCCUCGCGGAUGGCGCCCCGGUGGCCAUCAAAUGCGUGCCUCGGGAUCGCAUCCGACUCUGGGGCGAGCUGCCCAACGGCGCCCGUGCGCCCCUGGAGAUCGUGCUGCUGGACAAGGUGUCCACUGGGUGUGCUGGUGUCAUUCAGCUUCUGGAGUGGGUUGAGCUGCCCAACAGCUUCUUGUUGGUGCUGGAGCGUCCGGAGCGAUGCCAGGACCUCUCGGGUGUGCUGGCGGAGCGGAGGUCCCUGCCGGAGGAGGAGGCGCGGGGGCUAUUCCGCCAGGUGCUGGAGGCCGUGCGGCACUGCACCAGCUGCGGGGUCCUGCACAGGGACAUCAAGCCUGAGAACAUCCUGGUUGACCUGGUCACCGGGCAGCUAAAACUGAUUGACUUUGGCUGUGGCGCCUUCCUCCAAGACACAGCCUACACCCAGUUUGCAGGAACCCUGUCCUACAGCCCACCAGAGUGGAUCUACCACCAGUACUACCACAGCGAGGCAGCAACGAUCUGGUCCCUGGGCCUCCUGCUGUACCACCUGGUCAUGGGGAAGCACCCUUUCAGGAGGGGCCAGGAGAUCAUCUGGGGACGGAUCUUGUUCCCACGGCGGCUCUCUCAAGAGUGCCAAGAUAUUAUUAAGAGGUGUUUGUCCAUGCAACCCUUGGACAGGCCAUCCUUAGAAGACCUUUUCCACCAUCCUUGGCUGCAGGGUGUUCAUCUGCCCUAGGAGAUGGGAGAGAUCCACAUGCGCAGUUGGAUCCAGAGGCGUGGCAGGGAAGGAGAAGGAGCCCCUGGAGAAGCUGUACCAGGUGGGGCUGCUGCUGGAGACACCAAGGACAACCUCAAGGACAACAAUCUCGUCCUCGACCUGGCCAGCUGAAGAUGAUCGACUUUGAUUGUGGCACCUUCUUCACAGACACGUUCUGCACUCACGUUUGCAACCGGGCUCUGUGGAUGCUGAGGCAGCUCUGGGCUCUGCCAGGGCUCUGCUGAGCUCAGCCCUGGGCAAGGCUGAGCCAGCCCUGCCCUCACAUGGCUCUGGCAGCUUUGCAUCAGAGGAGCCUGUUCCGAGCACACCGCCUGAGCUUUCUGCUUUUGCAGAAGUGCCACGAGUGGGCAAAACCUGGUGAGCGGGCCGUGUUCCUAAGACAGUGCAGUCUGCAGCUGAUGGAUGGAGAAUUGCCCUUCUGCACUUCCAAACCAAGCAAAAAGCUAAAACAUGCCAUAAAAUAGGAGUGUCCUCUCUGCUCCUG